GUAUACGUUUAAUGGAAUGUAUUAAAAAAAUUACGGCAUGUUAAGAUGAUAAUUCUACUUUUCAUAUAUUUCCAAUUAUUUAUUAUUUUCUUAGAUAUUUUAUUGGUGAAAAAGAAGAUAUUUUCAUAAAUAGUUUUACCAUGAGUCUAUAAAAUAAGAUGAAGGAAGCCCUGAACCAAAGUACAUCACUACUAAAUCAAACAAAGAAAAGCAAGAAAAAGAUGUGGGAUGAAACUGUUGCUGGACCUAAGCCGGAGCAUGGCCUUGGCCGUCUCCGCAAUAAGAUCACCGCUCAACCCAUAGACAUCAAAGGUGUGGGAGAAGGGAGCAGCAGUAAGACUACCCCGGCGGCAGGGAGUCCUGGAACUCCGACGACGCCAGGGUCAGCACGUAAGGAGAACGUGUGGAGGAGUGUGUUUCAUCCAGGAAGCAACAUAGCCACCAGAGGAAUGGGAACUAACCUCUUUGAUAAGCCUUCUCACCCCAACUCUCCCACCGUAUACGACUGGCUGUACAGCGACGACACCAGGAGCAAGCACCGUUAAAGCGAGAGGAUCUAGUGACAUGCCGGUGAUGUAAAAAAUGUGUUUUUCUUGUUUUCUUUUUUUGCUGUAUUCGCAACUUUUUCUUUCUUGUUGUUAGUUACCGUUCGAUCUCUAGUUUCUGUGAUGGUUUUUAACGGUGGCGAUGCGUCCUCUUGUCUCUUGUAAGGUUUCUACUGUUUGGUAAAAUGAUAUAUUUUACUUUUAGCU